AUGGGAGACCUACUUUUUUCCGAAGACAAAGUCGCUUUUACGAUUGAACUAACGGAAUCAUCCUAUGUGAAGGAAAUAAUCGGGGGCUCUAUUGAGCCGGAGGGAGGCUUCUUCCCCCGGUGGUUGAGAUCCAACUCAAUUCGCGGAGAGGAUGAAGCGACAUUGGCUGAAGGCAAAUUGCUACUCAAUGUCUCCGCUACAGCAAUGGUCAAGGAUGGGGACAAUAACGAGGAUAGGGAGAUUUCUUUGAGCUGGAAUGGCAUUGUUGCGAUUGAUGAGCACGUAAGAAGCAUUUUGGAAGGUACAUUUCCAGAGGAAAAGGAAACCGAAUUCGGCAACCCUACUGCGAACUUCAAGUUCCAAGAUGAGGACCUCAAAGAUCGUGUUUUUGUUGGCACUGGCCAAUUUGUCACGACAUCGGGACAACUCAGCAUCAGAUAUAAGGUCUCAGAACAAAUCGAUCUUUCCAUUCCAUCUCGAUUGGACUAG